AUGACUCCAUUUGAAGCUUUGCAUGGCUUUGCACCUCUAUUACUUGUUCCUUAUCUACCAGGAGACUCAGAUGUGGAAGUUGUGGAUUUGGCUUUGCGGGAUAGAGAGGAAAUGAUAAGUAUACUCAAGAGAAAUGUACAAAAGGCAGCUGAGAGAAUGAAGAGGCAAGCCGAUCAGCAUAGGAGUGAUAAAGAGUUUGAGAUAGGAGACCAAAUUUUCUUCGACGUGCGUUUUAGUGUUCUUCUCCCGCCCAAGGGCAACGUCCUCGCUUGUGUUGAAAUGGAAAUGUCUGACAUAGAUCAAGCUGCAGUUAUUCCAGAUUGCAGGCCCGAGCUGCAACCGUACGUUGGUCAGGUGUUUCAAACAGUAGAAGAUGGAAUUUCAUUUUAUGAAGCAUAUGCCAAAUACUGCCGGUUUGAUACUCGAAGAUUUGGACACAAAUACGCACAUGGUGUCAAAACCUGGCAAACCAUUGUGUGCAGCAGGCAAGGUGAAAAAAUGGAUGCUGACGAAGACGGUAGCUCUACCAAACGUAGACGGCAUUCUAGCAGAUGUCAAUGCAAUGCGAAACUUACGAUGAAGUAUAUAAACGAUUCCGACAGUCCUCGAUACGUUGUCAGCAACUUUGUAGCCCAACAUAAUCAUGAUAUGGUCGAUACAAAGCACGUCAGAUACAUGAAAUCCAACCGUAACCUUGGGGAUAUCCAUUAUAAAUUCCUGCAGGACUGCACAAAAGCCAACAUUGGACCUACACAGACUUUCAAUUUAUUGAAAGAGUUCCUAGGUGGCUAUGAUGCUGUGGGUUGCACUGUUACUGAUUUACGGAACGGCAAACGCGACAUAUUGCAAGAAAUGAAAGGCGCUGAUGUCCAGAUGAUUUUAAAUCAAAUGGAGGAGAAGAAGAAAACCAGUGACGGUUUCCAUUACAAAUUCCAGCAAGGUAGUGACGGAAAGUUAAGUAGUCUUUUUUGGUGUGACGCUGUGUCCCGACAGAACUACAAGAUGUUCGGUGACAUUGUAUCCUUUGAUACUACGUACUCAACAAACAGGUAUUGCAUGGUGUUUGGGCCAUUCACUGGAAAAGACAACCACGGAUGCCCUGUUACGUUUGGUGUCGGGUUCGUUUCAAAUGAGGGAGCCGACUCAUUCUCUUGGUUGCUUAGUGAGUUUGUAGAAUGUAUGGGGUUCGCGCCCAAGUUGAUAAUAACUGACCAGGAUUGGGGGAUGAAACUUGCCAUAGAACGUGUGCUAACUAGUACUAGGCAUCGGUGGUGCAUGUGGCACAUCAUGAUGAAGCUUCCUGAAAAGGUACCCAAAAGAAUACUUGCCAACGAAGAGUUGAAGAAGGAUUUGGACUCUUGUAUAUGGUCUGAAUUGUUGGAGCCAGAGGAAUUCGAAGAAACUUGGCUGACCAUUAUGGACCAAUAUGGUUUACAAAAUGAAUCCUGGUUCACAAAUAUGUUCACACAACGAGAGUAUUGGAUUCCAGCAUAUUUUAGGGAUUUCCCAAUGGGGUCGCUGUUGAAGACAACAUCAUUCUCUGAGUCCGAGAACAGCUUUUUCAAAAGGUACACAAAACCCCACUUCAAUCUUGCUGACUUUGUGAUGCACUACAACAGUGCGUUAGAUGCUCAACGUAACCUAUCAGAAAGGCUCGAUUUCGUUGAUGCUACAAAAGUCCCCUUCCUCUCAACGGAGCUCUUAUUUGAGAACCACGCAGCAUAUAUUUAUACAAAUCGCAUCUUUCAGCAAGUUCAAAAUGAGAUCGUCGAGGCUCAUCAACGUUGCAGAAUGACUCACUUCGAGAUGGAAGAUAAUACUGAGAUUUACACAAUAACGGACAGCCUUCGAAAUAAAGUUGUUGUCCGCCAUGAAGUUGGCACCGAAUCGUACCACUGUGAUUUUUCACUAAUUGAUCGCAAGCGAGUUGUAACAGCCAAACUGCAUUCACUAUACUUUCGCUUAGUCCAACGAGCACAGAGCAAUGACGAUGACAUUGUUGCAUUAUUCGACGGAAUGGAAGAACUUAGUCAAAAACUCUUUGGGGGUACAGUACCUUCAUGGUCUUCCAUGGAUAAAGCACAGAGGAUUGAGGGUCUGUACGGGGCAUCUCGACCGAGUGUUGUUAACGUGCACCCUCCCGAUGUAGUGAGUACAAAGGGAUCUGGCAGCAGUUCUGGAAAGCGAAUUGCGUCAGCAACUGAGAAGGCCAUCAUACUACAGAAUAAACCUAAGAGGCGAUGUGCAAAGUGUCGAGAAAUGGGCCAUCACGAUGCAAGGAAUUGUGGUAGGGAGAAAGGAAAAUCUAAAAUGUAG